AUGAGUUGGAGUUUGGGCAUACCGGUGAAGCUACUACACGAGGUGUCGGGUCACAUCAUAACGGUGGAACUCAAGAGUGGAGAGCUUUACAGAGGAAGCAUGGCCGAGUGCAAGGAUAAUUGGAAUUGCCAGCUUGAGAACAUCACCUUCACUGCUAAAGAGGGAAAGGUUUCGCAGCUUGAGCAUGUUUUCAUCCGAGGCAGUAAAGUUGGGUUCAUGGUCAUACCGGAUAGGUUAAAGAAUGCUCCUAUGUUAAAACGCCUUGAUGCUAAAAUCAAAGGGCCCUACAAAAAAACACGAGGCCCAACAGGCACCACAUGCCCAACAAACCAACUCAGAUCAAGGUUUCCAGGAACCCUAGCAAGCAGCGCCGCACGGAACUUCCCAAGCUCGGAUUUCACGGAUGCAUAUCCCAUCUUCAACCACUCCGAUUUCUCCGACGUAAGGAUUUCAUGGAGAUAA